UUCGCCCUUUGUGGGCUCGUCAGUGCAGCACAGAGCUUGUCUGAGACACAACCUGAGCUAUGCUGUCAGAGCAACAAGGCAGUUUAACGGAUUGAUUGUGGGACCCUGCCAGAGUGCUCAAACAGCGCAUGCGCAGUGAGCUUCGCAUAAUGCUAGAAGCAGGUCCCCACAGAGUCCCAGACAUAGAGUGCUCGACCAAACUAGUGUAAGGGAGCGUAAUACUCAAUCUGCAGACAGUACUGUUUCGCCCUUUGUGGGCUCGUCAGUGCAGCACAGAGCUUGUCUGAGACACAACCCGAGCUAUGCUGUCAGAGCAACAAGGCAGUUUAACGGAUUGAUUGUGGGACCCUGCCAGAGUGCUCAAACAGCGCAUGCGCAGUGAGCUUCGCAUAAUGCUAGAAGCAGGUCCCCACAGAGUCCCAGACAUAGAGUGCUCGACCAAACUAGUGUAAGGGAGCGUAAUACUCAAUCUGCAGACAGUACUGUUUCGCCCUUUGUGGGCUCGUCAGUGCAGCACAGAGCUUGUCUGAGACACAACCCGAGCUAUGCUGUCAGAGCAACAAGGCAGUUAAUAUAUAUAUAUAUAUUGGGCCCUUUGGCUCAGUGGAAUGAGUGGGGGUUUUUGAAGCAGCAAACUGGAGUUCGAUUUCGACCAAGAGUGGUUCGAUAUAAUUGGGUAGCACCCUUGUGGAAAGAUUUUCCUCUUGUCAGCCUUCGCCUUAUGAUUAGAUAUGUACAUUUAUAUUUAAAUAUAGAUAUUGCUAAGCUUCUGUUGUUAUUGCUGGAGUUCUGACAUCGUUCCCAAAUCCUUUUUUCCACAAUAAUACCUCUUAAAAGCGGACAUUGUGUUUUAUUUUCUACAUUUACGCCAAUAGAGAUCGGUAGGCUGAAUAAAAAUCAAUAAAAUGGCUAUUUCUUUUUUACUAGCUGAACAAAGAGUUUUACCAAAUUCUUGGCGUUAAUCACAAGAUGACGGCAGCAUACCAUCCGCAGACAAAUGGUUUAGACGAAAGGACAAAUCAGAAUAUAAAAAGGUAUAGAGUUGAUUUAUUAUGCAGCAUGUUGUGAUUUUAAUACUCCUGAUCUUGGUGCCCUCUUUUUUGUCGAAAAAACUCUUUUUUAGAAGAACAAUUUCAUAGAACACGAGCCUCAAUAGAAAAUUGGUCAAAAGUUAAGAACAAAUUAAACAAUUUCGAACAACGUUCUCAAAAACGAGAAUUUUAAGCCAUGUGUGGGUGCUUUUUCGAUGAAUAUUCAAACUUGUUGGCAAAUGAAGGUUGUCUCACUCACUUUGUUGGCAAAUGAGGCCUGCAUACCUCCCUAGCAAUCGCAUUGCUUACACCCUAAUAAUUUAAGAACAAAAGAGCCCGGGGCCUUAAUAGAGCUUUUACGGUAUUUAAAGUGGAGUUUUAAAAUGUUAACUUGUUUUUAUAUCAAUAAAAUAUUUUCUGGAGUAAAAUGCUUAUUUUUGAGGAUCAUAAACUCUAUUAAUUCACUUUUGAAUCUAUAUCUUAAAUUUACUUUAAGGCGUUUAGAGAAGCUUUUUUCAGAGGAGGAGUCCCUUGAUCAUUGGGACGAGCUUAUUGACCCAAUACUGUUUUCAAUCAGAACAACAAAAAGCUCUACCACAAAAUUUUCUCCUUUUCAAUUGAUGUAUGGCCGAGAAGCCCUGCGACCAAUCGAAACUACAGAGAUCGUUAGUGAUUUAUCUGAGAAGAGAAAACAGCUCCCAUUAGAAGAUGCAAUUGUUGCCUUCAUCAACAAGAUAAAUGAUGUGAAAGGAAAGAAAGAUGAGAUUGCAAAAAAAACAUCAAGAUUUCACAAGAGAAGCAAAAAAAGUACUACAGAAAAAGAAGACUUCCUGAUGGAAAGAAGGCCAUUACAUUUUCUGUUGGUGAAAAGGUGCUGCUGUUCACUGCUCGUCAAACCACCCGCAAAGGAGACAAGCUUGCCAAGAAAUGGACAGGACCGUAUGCAUUUCGGAGAUUGUUGGAUCAAAGCAUGUCUUCCUUGAUGGUAAAAAAGUGAAAAAAACAUGAAGCACCUAAAACCUUGGAUUUUCGAAGAAGAAAAAACCGAAAGUAAAACUGAGACGAGGCCUAACGCGGAAGACAACACAAAUAAUCUGGUGCCAAAUCCUACUCUCGAUGAAGGUGAGAAUGAGGCUGAAGAGAUUGUAGAUCGGGACAUGAAGCAAAAGAGCAAAUCAAGAAUUCACGAGAAUGAUGAUUCUGAAAUUGCUUUUGCAGAUAAUACUAAUGUGACUGGUUUCUGUGAAGAUGAUAGCAUGUUGCCAAAUCAGGAACAGUUCGAGCAUAACCUCAAAAGUUAUCCAGAAAUGAAUGCGCAAUCUUUGCCUAUAGUUUCCAGAACCGAGCCUAAAAAGGAAGAUGAGGGCAUCAUUGUCAGCCAGACAAAUGAUGAAGAUAAUGGGGAGGCGUAUGCAUUCAAGGUAUCUUCGUCGUUUGUCACAAGAUGGCAGGUGAUUUCGAUAGAAGAUGACGACCCAAGUGUCCACCUACGACCAUCUGACAAGGCUCUACGAAAACAGGAAUUGCCUCCCAACGCUGUCGUUGACACCAUAUGGGAAUGUGGCGGUGUUGGAUAUUGCGUAAGCAACAUCAAUGGUAUAAGCCUCAGUGAUAACCGAAUCCUAGAGCUGAAGGGCGAAUCAUACCUUUCAGAUGAGGUGAUAGACUUGUAUUUGGUUCUUCUGUCGAGGCUAUACAGCAACCAAAAUACAAAUAUUUUGGUCAUUGGCUCCUGCAUCAUGUCCGAAAUUUGCAAUGGACUGUGCUACAAGCAAAAGCUAAGGAAGGUAAAAAUUGAGGAUUACGACUUUGUGGUUGGUGGAAACAACAUGAAUUCAUGUCAUUGGACUCUAGUUAUGGUGAAGCCCAAAGAAGGAACAUUAAUGUUCCUUAAUUCAUUUGGUGAGCUUCAAAGUCAGCUGGCAACACUCAUGAAAAACUGGAAAUUAUUCUGGCGAAACAGGGUGGCAUAUCUCAAUGCACCGACAAUUGCGUGGAGAUACGUAGCGCUAUUGCAUCCAAAACAAACUGAUGGGUUUAACUGCGGUAUGCUUUCUGUUUGUACACAAUAAAGGUAUGCUUUCUGUUUGUAUCAAAAAGUAUUAAGGAUAAAGAAGAAGUAUAGCAAAUUUGAAUGGUACCUGUUAGUCUAGGCGAGUUUAGCUCAAUAAAUUUUCACUUAAUUUUAGAAGACUGUAUGUUUUUGUCUGUCUGAAAAAAUUUCUGUUUGUGGUACUCAUUCAUGGAAAAAUAAAUUUAUCUGUAUUGCUAUCAGUUUGCAGAACAGAUAAUACACCUUUCCCGAAUUCCAUUGGCCUCGUAUUCGAGUCAGCUGAAAUCGAGGACAAGCUUGAUAAACAGCCGACUUCCGCGGAAAUUUAAUAGGUUGUCUGGUGAGUAGUGUGGUGCGUGAUCUUGUUCUUUUCUCUCAAACGUUAUAGAUUUGAUUUGGAAGAAUCAUUAUCUUAAAAAAACUAAAACAGAAGUUUUGGCAGAAGAUUCAAAUGUUAAUUCGGUACCUCGCAAUGUCGCCCAGCUGAACUUGAUGGUGGCGGGUCAGGCGUAUACUGUUGCAUCCCACUAUGUAAAAACGCUACAUACAACCGAGAAAAGCAGAAGUCAGGUAUCCGUUUUUUCAGAUUCCCGAAGGAUAAAGAAAUGAAGGUUAAAUGGAUAAACAUGAUAAAGCAAUUUCGACGAAGCGGAGGUGCUGAUACGUUUAAAGUGACAAGCUCGACUGUAGUAUGUGAAUUUCACUUCAAAACCAGCGAGAUAAAAGUUUCUUCUGAUUGCGGAAAAAAGUCCUUGGUACCUGGUGCUGUUCCAACUAUUUUCAAAUUCAAGCCAAAGAUUAGCAAGGCAUGCAAAGCUCCACUUGACUGCAGUAAUAUGCCAAGUUCCAGUAGGCCAGUUUCGAAUCAGUCAUCAGAAAAAACGGAAGUCGAGCUUCCGGACACCGGCAAUGUUCCAGGUUGUUUAAAUUGUGCAUGUCACGAACAAGAAAUUGAAAAAUUGCAAAAAGAGAGAUCCUUUCUAGAAGAAGAGCUGCAUGAAUUGCGAAGAGAGAACAUUUAUAUUAAAGAAGAAUUGGAGUCUUUGAGAACUAAUUCUAUUUACAAUUUCAGUAACAUUUCAAGCUGUCCUGAAUUAUUUGUUAAAGCUACUGGCCUAGAAGUGAAAGCUUUUCAAGAUUUGUUUGUUUUUUUAAAACCUGGAGAAAAUUGCAACAACAUUAAAUUUUAUGAAACUAUAAAACGUGCAGAGACCGACAACAAUGCCACAGCAAGACCCACAUCAGCAUUCCCAGGAAAGAAACGUGGCCCAAAACCAAAAUCUGAACCAAUAGAUCAACUGUUUAUGUGUUUGACAUGGUUAAAAAAUGGGUUUACUUUGUCACACAUGUCUUGGUUGUUCAAGUUGCCAAAAUCUACAAUUUCUCGACAUCUAAUAUCUUGGAUAAAUUUUCUCUAUUUCUCUCUUGGCAGUCUUCCAAUCUGGCCAUCAAAAGAAGUGGUCCAAAAGUCAAUGCCUGCAUCCUUUAAGAAAACUUUUCCAUCAACACGCUGCAUAAUAGACUGUACAGAGCUAUUUUGUCAAAGACCUUCAUCACUUGCCAUUCAAAGUAGUCUCUACUCCUCCUAUAAACAUCAUGUCACCUACAAAGCAUUAAUUGGCAUUGCUCCUUCUGGUGCUAUAACAUUUGUUGGCCAGCUCUUUGAUGGUUCCAUUUCUGAUAAGGAAAUUGUUAAGAGAAGUGGUUUUCUUAAUAGUUCGCUGUGGGAUGAAAGAGAUAGCCUGAUGGCAGACAGAGGCUUUACAAUAUCUGAAGACUUGAAACCUUUAAAAGUGCAGUUAAAUAUACCUGCAUUUCUUGGUGGAAUAGACCAGUUAUCUGAAGAAGAGGUCUUGAACAGCCAAACUAUUGCAUCUGUGCGCAUUCAUGUGGAGAGGGCAAUUCAACGAGUCAAAAAAUUCAGGCUUAUCAGAAAUGAAAUACCUUUGGUUUUGCAUGGCUCAGUGAAUCAAAUUUGGACUGUCUGUUGUCUGUUGUGUAACUUUAUGCAUUCUAAAAAUAUCAAGCUUAAAUUUUCACCAUAAAUCUUGAUAUCUUUGUAUAAAUUCAUCAAUCAAACAGGUUGUUUUUUUUACUGAGAAUCUAAUUCAUUAAAAAAGCUAUAUUAUUAGGAGCUAUUGAAUAUGAAUAGAAAAUAUUAGUUAUGGAAUAUAUAUUUAUAUCAAGAACCUGCAU